UACAACAAUGCAGCACGCGGGAAAUACAGACUACUUGGACAUGAAUAUGUCAGCCCGACGAUUUCAAUCAUUUCCCAUCGUAGGGUACGCGCGGUUCUAACAAUACAGCACUCAGAACACAGUACAUGAAUAUGUCGGCCCGACGGCUUUAAUCACUUUCCGUCGGUGCGACCUCAUAGAUUUCUUUUGUUGCUUUUGUCAUGAUAAAAUUCAGACAGACAACAUAACGAUACAGUAUAUUAAAGUAUCGAUUCGGUUUGGUGUUCUCAUUCCUGUUUGGAGAUUGGGACGAGCGAACAUCAUGCUGAAGUGGUUGAAGACUGCGAAUCCGUCCUUGGCGCCUUCUACCACGGAAGGAUCGAAGUACGAGAACACAACAUCCCCGACUGCCAAUCCGUCCAUGGAGCCUUCCGCCACGCCAGGCUUGCCGAAGCCUCUCGAGACCGAGAACCCCAGAAUGACCGCCGCUGCCAACAGAGAAGUCGAGAGAGUCAUGGCGGAGUCCGGGAGCCGGAAAAGAAAGAGGGGCAACUACGGGAACUACAGCCCCGAGAUGCGAGCCAAGAUCGCCAAGUUGUGUCUGGACAUCGGAGCCUCUAAGGCAGCUCGGCAGUUGUCCAAGGAAACUGGCCGCCAGAUCAACGAGAGUACAGUGCGAUCCAUCAAGACAAGCUACGUGAAGGAGAAGCAACGACUCGGCACGGACAAUGUUGAGAACUUGCCACGCCGAAACGUGGGGAGGCCGCUGAAGCUGGGAGGGCGGAAUGAGCAGAUGGGAGAUUACGUCCGUAACCUGAGGAAGGCUGGGGGCGUGGUGAACCGCCGGGUGGUGAUGGGGGCGGCAAGGGGCCUUUUGUCGGAGCACGGCGGCAGCGUCGAGAUCACAUCAAGCUGGGCCAACUCAUUUCUCCGCCGCAUGAACUUUCAAGCGCGAAGGAACGAAAGCGGCGAGAAAAUCCCCGAGGACUUUGAACAGACGAAGGAAGGCAGGAUCGAGGUGUCAGUAAGAGAAGACAAGAUCCCCGACGUGAAAAUCGCGAAGUUAGAACCCUCACGAAUAUAAUGCAUUUCCAACUUCAAUGCUUCCAUGUUUUCUGAAUGAGCUUUAUCAUGUGGAUAUGAUGUGAGUUAAUAGGAGAUGUAGAAACACACAGCAGAUGAUAAAACGGAUCGAGAAAUUACGAAUGUAAAUGCUACGAUUGUCUUGUAGAAAGUCACCAAGGUCAUAUUUUUUUGUGCACCAGUAUCGUAUCGUCCGAACGCUCAUAGGAUUAUCUGUUUGUCAAAUGAAGACGGGAUGCAUGAAACCUGUGUGGUAGACUUUCAAGUGUGCAUGUACAUGUAAGAGUAAAAUAAGUGUGCUAGCCAUGAGUGUCAUUGUAUACAUGAAAAUACUAGUACGUCGCGCCCGAUCUUCGUCGACGGCUACAGUUGCGGUACAAAAUUGUGAAAACAAAUAAAGUUCUCCAAAAUUACCUAAGUAACUUUAUGAAAUUGUUACCAUGAUAGUCGACUACCUUUUGUCAUUUUGUGUGGUACUAGUAGGUUUAUUUUUUCCACAUAUUUUUUCGACAAAUCAUGAGGAACAUGGUAACGUAAAGCUAGCCUCCACCUAGCCGUGGACGACUCGAGUAAUCCUUGCAUGAUUAUAAUGCAAAAAGGAUUACUCGAGUCGUCCACGGCUAGCCUCCACCAGGCCUUUCGACGGGAAUACGGAUCGUAGAAUAAAAAAAGAGAGUAAAAUUGUCCAAGGGAGUCCAGCCGCGGGGAGGUACUUUCUUUUCGGCCAAUCAAAUCAAGGCGGCCAAACUCCCCUGGCAAUUAUUCUCCUAUAUAUAGCCAGCGUAGUUAGUCUGGUAGAGACUAACGCAAAGCACGCGGUAUAAACGUACAUGUGUAACUAUCCCUCUGACCGGAG